AUUUAUGGUUACUAAUACUCAAACAGUUACAACAAACCAAGAAAAAUCCAGUUUUCUUAAACCCUAUUGUCAAGGGUUUAUACUUUAUCUUCCCUAAUUUCUCUGGCACUUGAAAAACUAAAACAAAACAACAAAAAACAAAUAACAAAAAACUAGCCGUUGUAAAAGGGACGCGUAGAAUCACGCCGCUUAACUCUAACGUUCUAAAAAAACAACAAAAAAACAUUUCGAACUUUUUUUCUUCUUUUUUAUAAUCUCACAAUUCAUAGUGUUUAAAUCAAAUUCAUCCCCCCUUCACAAACUUCAACUCAUCUCUCUCUCUCCUCUCUUUCUCUCUCUACGAAAGGAAGAAGAAGAAGAAAGAAAGAGAUUUCAUUUCAUAUUAAAAUUCCCAACUAUUUUCUCUCUCCUCUUUUUUGCUUCGGUUUUAUGGCAACUAUGAACAGCGGAUACUCAGACAAUACUCCGGCGACAACUACGGCGGUUCUUCCGGCGAAGCAAAAUGUUGCUCCGGUGAAGACUGUUGAUACUCAAUCUGUUCUUAAAAGGUUGCAGUCUGAAUUAAUGUCUCUUAUGAUGGGUGGUGAUCCAGGAAUUUCAGCUUUUCCUGAAGAAGACAAUAUAUUCAAUUGGAAAGGAACAAUUCAAGGAAGUAAAGAAACAGUUUUUGAAGGCACAGAAUAUAAACUUGUUCUUAAUUUUCCUGCUGAUUAUCCAUUUAAACCUCCUAAAGUUAAGUUUGAGACUGGUUGUUUUCACCCAAAUGUGGAUGUUUUUGGUAACAUCUGCUUGGAUAUUCUUCAGGAUAAAUGGUCAUCUGCUUAUGAUGUUAGAACCAUAUUGUUGUCAAUCCAAAGUCUACUUGGAGAGCCUAAUACCAGCUCACCAUUAAACACACAAGCAGCAUCACUUUGGAGCAAUCAAGAAGAGUAUAGAAAAAUGGUGGAAAAGCUUUACAAGUCAUCAACAGCUUAGAGUGUUAGAUGUUGUUGUUAGAUUGAUGAUAAGGUUGGGUGGUUUAUUUGGGAGCACAAUUGAAGAAUUGAUGAAUUGUUGAAUUGAAAAGACAUAAUUCUUUCUGUAUCAAUCAUUGUGCCAAUCAUUUGUUGUUGCACAAGUGAUAAAGAUUUGUCCUUGCAUGGAAUAUCACAUAUUUUUUUACUACUCAAUAAUAUUUGUGUCACCAGUUUUUUCUUCU